CAGAUCCCGCUUGGAAUAUCGUCCAACUACGUACAAUCUUGGGAUACAACUGCCGCCUUUAGGGAGCUGUACCAAAACUGGAAGGACUCCAUUCUGGACACAUUCUCAGUAAACCGUCAUGCAUUCCAGCCAUGCUACAGCGAAGAUGAGGGAUUCAUAUCUAUCACUUUACAGAUACCAUCGGGAGAUACUGGUGAAAAACAGACUUUGGGUUUUAUCCGGUAUGAGAAGGAAUCGGGUACAGUCACCGUAGCCAAUGCCUGUGCUCAACUUCAGCCGGAGGCUCUCCAGCUAGGAAAUACCUCAAAGCAAAUCAACUCCAGCCUUGCGGGGUGUCACGGAGAAGGACUCAAGAUUGCGGCAAUGGUCCUGUCUCGAAAAGGUCACAGAUUCAACAUUUAUUCUAACAAUUGUACAUGGAGCUUCGUAUUUCGAGGACUGUCAGAUCGUCAACUGCACUGUUUACUCGUUCCUUCGACAGCAGUAACUCCCUCAGAUGAGACCAACUUUGCUCACGAUAUGGACUGCUUCAGGCCUCGCAUAUGGAGAGAUGUUUGCGUAACCAUCGGAUCGGGAGACAAACCUCUCAGUGACGGAGUUUCGCUUGAUAUAUUUAAAAGCUGGUUGAAUGUAUCUCUAGAUAUUCGCGGGCUCUCAUAUCCCUCAGCUAUCGUUGAAACCGAUCACGGUGACCUUAUAUUGGACCCGAAAUUCCAGGCGUUGGAUGUACGCUCUUACAAGUUUGGUUAUAAUUUUGCCAAUGGCAAAGUCAACCGUGAUAGACAGAGGUUGGUUGACACGUCCGAAGAAGCAAAUCUUCUACGCCAGAUCUGGGAAGCAGCGAUUCAAAAAGAUGAGGCCGUCGUCCUCCCCAGAUAUGUCGAUUUGCUUCGAAACUUCCCAUCUGCCCCAGAUGUCGAAUCUGCGGAUCAACUUUUAGAAAGCUCGACAAGAUCUCUAAUAUGGAAGUUUCUUCUCAGCGAAGCAAAAGGCAGCGAUUUCUACUAUUGUGAACGUUAUGGAUCCCAGAGUAUUGAGAAGAUCAAAAACGGUCUAAAAAAAAACCCUGCUUGUUUGCCAGAUACUCUUUGGAAUAUGCUACGGUCGGAUUCACUGAUCAGAACUGCCCAUGAGGAGCAGAUACAUUUGUUUCAAAAAGCCACCGUAUGCAAAGCUCCAGUGACAAUAUUCGCGAGGAACAUCGAGCGGGGUCUGAAAGCCACGUUGUCACUUUGGAUGGAAACGAAGGAAAUGAAGAUUCAGUUCGUCAACAGUGAAAACAAUGAUGUUGACAUAGUGGUGGAUCGGAACAAAAAAACCUUGAACAUUCACCAGAGGUGGCUAAGCUAUGAAGAGACACACGGGAAGUAUAGAUGCAGGGAUUUUGUCCCGAAUGAUCGUUUCGUUUGUGACCAUAUCAUCGAGGAAAUGAUCCGAGCAAUUUUGGGUUUCAUAAAAAGCAAUGAGCCCGGAUGCCUGCAAGUGAGCUGGCGACAUGGUGAGACAGACUGCAAGACGAUCACAUUCUCUGACUUGAACUUCACUCGAGCUUACUUUCCAAUGAUAGCUCGGAACUGGAAAUCAUCAUUUUACGGAGUUCCUCCCUCUCCUGUCUUUCCGAUGGGUCCUACCAUCGUCCCUCAAAAACGAAUUGAACAGAUAGUGGCAGCUCAACAAGCUGCAAAGCGACUGAGGCCUGUAAAGCUUCCACAAAAGAAUCGAGGGGUUCCAACAUAA